AUGGAGACUCUGGACCUCUCAUUGACCAGAGCGGACUUCGAAACUCCAGAAGUGCUGAAUGCGUGCAACCCGGAUUUCCUCACCGGCUAUGUCCAUGGCCCAAUCCCUAACAACAAUCCCGGAUGGCUCCCCCUGGCUGUCAUUGACCGGGUACUUCAAAGCGGCCGUGUCAGUCUCAUCAAAGCCUCGGACAUCACAGAUGGACUGGCCAGAAACCCUCCAGCUAAUCCCCUUGUGACGCUCAACAAGGAGAAUGGUCUCGUUUGCGAUAUCGCCAUUUAUGACCCUAUUAUGUGUGGAAUGUCAUUCAACACUCAAGCCCAGCUUCGCAAACACCUGCGAAACGUGCACCCUGGCGCCACCGCCAAUAUCACCUCUCGUCCCAAGUCCACUGCCGAUAUCUCGAACGGUAUCAAUUCUCUCAAGCUAUGGGUACUGAGCGGCGGUUGGCGCGAUGCGAUCUAUAUGUACGAGCCGGGUCGCGGACCGGAAAAGUCAGUGAUUGGGCGAUACUGUGACGCAUUGGAGCGAAUUUCACGUGAAGACCUCGACUUUGCUCACAAAUACGGUACGCAAUUCCACCGCCGGCCUUGUCGGUCCCUCUCAGCCAGCGACAUAGAAGAGCUGCUUGGUAAGUGA